UUUGAAUGAGUAGCAAUUAAUUAUUGUUAUUGCUCGAUCCAUCACGAUAAAAUAUCAAUAAUGUUAUCACGUGUAAACCAUUAAUGCGAGUGUUUUAUAAUGGACUAAAAUAAUUAUGAACAUUUAGCGCUCCUAGGAUCCGCUUUCAAUUAACUAUAAUAACCAACAAUAACGAUCUAAUGAUCCAAUAAAAAGGCUCACAGUAAUGCAAAGACUGAUACUCAUAAGACACGGCAGGGGACCGAAAUGAGAUUGCGAGAUGCAUUAUGCAAAAUUUUUAAUUCAACGAAAAGAUCAUUAAUUUCCUACAGCGCUGUAUGUUAAUAAAAGAAAAACAAAAUUCCACUCAACCGCGCGAUAGACGCUAGUAUCGAUAUUUAUUCGGAUCGAGGUCAAAGAUCAGCUACCCCGGAAGUUGUAAACGACGAGGAACUUUAAGUGGGCAACGAUAAAGCGGAGUUUCGCAAAAACAAGGAAAAUCACAUUAAAGCAUAUUUCCAGCUGGUCCAUGCCUCAUCUCGAUGUCAUUAUCACUCGCAUCCAUUUGGGUGCAUCGCAAGGACUUUUUAAAUAAUGAAUAUUCAUAAGCGAAACCGAGCCAAGUUUUGGUACAGUGGCGAGAGGAGAUUCGGUGUGCGCAUCCGCAAGUACUAAAGUGAGUAAGAAAAGUGCUUCGUGCUCGAAGAUAAGAGGGAACAGUGAAAGAAAAUGCACUUUCCGGAUAGCUGUAAGAUUGUUGCCAAGUCAUGCGAGUAAUGCGGGGAUAACACUUUCACAGGGAAGCCAGUGCCGAGAGCAGUGAACCUUAAAAUAUCGGGCAACAGUUUGCACUUUAGCGAGCGCUUCGAGGAAUGACAAUUUAAUUGGAAAACGGUAGCUAGGAGCACGUGUAAAUAAAUCAAGAUGACAGUGCGCAGCAACGAGACGAAGAAAAGCAUGAGGCACAGUAACUCAUGGCCUGAGAGAGCCGUGACCGUUAAAGUUCGCGUGGAUCCCAUAUCCCGUGCUUACACCAUAAUACCUUCGUUUUACGUGGAUAGGCUGGUAGAGGUGGCCGCCAGAGACGUAGGUCGCAUUGGGCACCUUGACAAAUUGGUCCGUUCGGGCGGGCAGGAGGCAGAGGCUAAUGGAAUCGACGGUGAGGCAAGCGGUUUCGCGGAGUCAGAGGUCGCGGAUGACAGCGAGAAAAUUUGUAGCACAAGUCAUUUCGGGGAAGACGAUAAAGAAGAUAAAACAAGCGAAGAACCUUUAGGGAAAGACGAGAGGCGGACUGCAGAAAAUUCGCAUGGACUCGUAGAGUUCCCUAAGGAGAGACGAACAAUACGGAGGAUAUAUCAUCCGAGGGGAGAUCCUGAAGAUGACGGUGGUCCCGGAGAGAGUGUUGAGAAAAAAGACAAGAACGAAAAGACACUGUUUGGCAAUUUCCCUUUGACGUUGGAAAAAAGCGCUGAUUUAUCUGAAGGAACAGGGAAACCGGAAAAGGACGACUCUUUUCAGAAGCAUCGUGAAAACAGGGACAGUUCCUGGCAAGAACAAUCAAGGAUCAAUUCUGACAAGGGACUCGCGGGAUUUAUCGGCGGUUCUUGCAAAAAAUUUGCUCCGCCAGCAGGAAGCAAUCGUUCAUCUGAAAGUGACGAGAAUAUGCCGAUGAACACUGAUUCGAAAACCGAUCGCAUCUUCAUGGAAAGUAAAUACAGAAAAGCCAUCUCGAUGGGUGAAAUAUCGACUGGGGAUAAUGAUAAUUUUUUUGAAUACACACCAGAUAUUAGUUUAUUCACGUGGAAUAAGAUCAUCGAUUCGAAAUUAUCCUUGAAGGUGUUGGACUCGCGUUUCUGUACCGGGUGGAAGAUUCCAGCAUCCCUUGACAAUAUUUCAGGACCCAGUGAUGACUUUUACAAGGACAUAACGUCAUUGGUUACGGAUCGACAUGAACUUGUCGAAUCUUUGAGAAAGGAUCAUGCUGCCUUACUCGGGAGGAUCAAGGAUUCCUUGAAAUUACAAGAUGAAAGUUCUAAACGAUCAGAUAGUACCCGUGGUACGGAUGAGGUCUCUGUAUUAAAUGAAGAAGAAGUGGGAAGUGAAAGGGAAGAAACAACAGAAGACAAGAAUCGAUUGAAAGAGCCUCCGGUGAUAAUACAAUUGGAAAAUGAAAAUCCAUCCAAUUAUCAAGAUUUCGUGGUCUCUUCGCCUGAAGCGAUUAAAAGUAGACACGCGUGUCCCAAGUGCAAGUCCGAUGGAUUUCUUCAGCUUCAAAUUGAUCCAUUUCGUCCGCCAUUGGAUUUGCCAAAGUCAAAAGGGAAUUGCGUCGAGAGCGGUAGCUUUACCAAUCGCCGGUACAGAUCGCAAUCGAUUCGCAACGAAUCCCGUAUUGAGAUCGAUAAGUCGCUCGGUAGACGAACUAAGAGUUUUGGGGAAAAUAUAAGAAACAAGAAUGAAAACGAAUCUUCGCCACGUCUACCGAUAGACCAUCGGAAGGAGACCACACUGAGAAGACAUUAUUAUCCCGAAGGAGGAUGGGGAUAUGUCAUAGUCACGUGCUCUGCAUUGGUACAUUUUCUCGGAAUUGGUCUACAACUUUCUGCACCCGGAAGCUGGCACGUAUCUGCUGAACUCAAAUUUCAUCAUCCUCCACUUCACUCGGCAGGUAGGAAGGAUAUUAAGAUUUUCCACAUUUUUCUUAUCGUAUGUUAA